GCUCCGGGCCUGCGGCUGGGUCUGCCCCUGGCCGCGCGCCUGCCCGCGGGGUCCAGCCCAGAGGGCGGCGGGGAGGACGGCCUCGGUGAGAAAACGUCUGGCAAUAAUGACUGGUUUCAGAAUUCCAGGGUCCCUAGUUUUGCUCAGAUGCUGAAAAAGAAUUUGCCAGUUCAGCCAUCAGCCCAGACUGUGACCACAGCCACACUAUACUCCUCGGACAGCUGCAGCUUGUCGAGUAUGGCAUCCAAGGUUACACAAGUGACCGGUAAUUUUCCAGAACCAUUACUUUCCAAAGGUCUUUCAUCUAUUUCACAUCCUGUCCUGCCUCCAAAAAAAAUACCUAAGGAAUUUAUAAUGAAAUACAAACGUGGAGAGAUAAAUCCUGUAUCGGCCUUGCACCAAUUUGCACAAAUGCAGCGGGUUCAGCUUGACCUUAAGGAGACUGUAACAACAGGUAAUGUUAUGGGACCAUAUUUUGCUUUUUGUGCUGUUGUGGAUGGUAUUCAAUAUAAGACUGGACUGGGACAAAAUAAAAAGGAGUCUAGAUCCAAUGCAGCAAAGUUAGCUCUUGAUGAGCUUCUACAAUUGGAUGAACCUGAACCAAGAAUGUUAGAACCAUCAGGUCCUCCUCCUAUCCCAGCAGAACCUGUUGUUACACCUGAACCAGCUUAUGUUUCGAAAGUACAUUAUGAAGGGAGACAUAUCCAGUAUGCAAAGAUUUCACAGAUUGUUAAAGAAACAUUUAAUCAACUAAUUUCUAGUCAUUCACAGUAUCUGAAAUGUAGCAAUUCAUUGGCUGCUUUUAUAAUUGAAAGAGUGGGACAUCAUGAAGUCGUGGCUGUAGGCACAGGUGAAUACAAUUACAGCCAGUGCAUAAAGCCAAAUGGAAGAGUGCUACAUGACACUCAUGCUGUUGUUACAGCAAGAAGGUCUCUCCUUAGGUACUUUUAUAGACAGCUCCUACUCUUCUAUAGCAAAAAUCCUGCUAUGAUGGAAAAGUCAAUAUUUUGUACAGAUCCAGCUUCUAAUCUACUCACUCUGAAACAAGACAUCAACAUUUAUCUGUAUAUGAACCAGUUGCCUAAAGGAUCAGCCCAGAUUAAGUCACAGUUGCGUCUUAAUCCACAUUCUAUAUCUGCAUUUGAAGCAAAUGAAGAACUGAGUCUCCAUGUGGCUGUUGAAGGCAAAAUUUAUUUGACUGUUUACUGCCCUACAGAUAUUGUUAACAGAGUGAACAGUAUGUCCUCAAGUGACAAGUUGACAAGAUGGGAAGUGCUUGGUGUACAGGGAGCAUUGCUUAGUCACUUUAUACAACCAGUUUAUGUCAACAGCAUACUUGUUGGUGAUGGGAAUUGUAGUGAUACUAGAGGUUUAGAAAUCGCAAUCAAGCAACGUGUUGAUGAUGCGCUCACUUCAAAGCUUCCGAUGUUUUACUUGGUCAACAGACCUCAUAUUAGUUUAGUACCCGCUGCAUAUCCACCUCAAGUGAACUUGGAAUAUAAAUCCCUGAGUAUGAAUUGGGCACAAGGGGACAUUUCUUUGGAGAUUGUCGAUGGCCUAAGUGGGAAGAUCACUGAAAGUUCCCCAUUUAAAAGUGGUGUGUCAAUGGCAAGUCGGCUUUGUAAGGCUGCAAUGUUAAGUCGAUUUAAUCUGCUUGCCAAGGAAGCUAAAAAAGAUGAUUUACUUGAAGCUAGUACAUAUCAUGCAGCUAAGCGUCUGUCUGGCUCAUACCAAGAGGCUAAAGCUUUACUGAAGUCCUACUUGCAGCAGCACGGCUAUGGCUCCUGGAUCGUGAAGCCCCCCUGUGUAGAACAGUUCAGUGUGUGAAUUGCAUGGCCACUGGCAUAUUAAAAACCUUUUAUUUUUUGGUG